UUUAGCUCCCUGGAUCCUCAGUUCUCAAUGUGUUCCUUGUACAUUAAAGCAAGGAAUGUCGUCUGCAACAACUUUGAAGAAUAGUGGUUAAUUUUCAUUCCAUACAUUCUAAAUGGGUAAUAUUGUAUAAUUUUGAGAAUGACUGAAAAGGAAAAGGAAAAACAAGGUCAAGAAGGAACAGAAGACAUUUUCAGAGAGUUGUGCAUAUGCAAUGGAUUGCCAUAUGAGAAGAUUGCUUUGGAAGGAUCAAAAGUCACCAAACUGGAGAUGUUUUUCUCAGGAUAUUCUCAAAUGGUGGGACUGUUGUAUUUUCCAAAUCUGGUCAUUCUGACAUUAGUGAAGCAGGAUAUUAAACGGAUUGAAGGUUUGGAAGCAUGUCCUUUCCUUAUUGAACUUUGGAUUAUUGAAUCCCAAUUAACGGAGAUUGAGGGAUUAGAGUGUUGUACUAAUCUCCGAAGGCUUUACUUAUAUUACAAUCAUAUCAAUGAGAUCAAAAAUCUAGAAAGCCUAGAGAAGUUGGAAAUUCUUUGGUUGAACAAUAAUAACAUUAAAGCCAUCAAGGGACUAAACACACUAAAACAUCUGAAAGAACUCAAUCUCGCUGCUAAUUCAAUUGAAAAGAUUGGUUCCUGCUUGGACUCUAAUAUUCAACUGGAACGACUCAAUCUUUCAGGAAACCGAAUAAGCUCCUUUAAGGAACUCACUAAUUUAUCCAGACUGCCUCUGCUUCAAAUGCUAAGCUUGAAGGAUCCUCAGUAUAAUCCAAACCCAAUCUCCCUCCUCUGUAACUACUCAACGCACGUAAUUUACCAUAUUCCACAGCUUCGAUGGCUGGACACAUAUGAUGUAUCCAGCAAGCAGAUCAAAGAAUUUGCUGAGUCUACUGUGUUAAAGAAAAUAAUGUAUUAUAACAUGCGUGUGAAAACAAUCCAACAACUGAUGUCAGAUGUGCUGGAAAAGCUGCAGAAACAGAAGUCUGUUUCACACCGCAUACCCGAAGAGCGAAUAAAAACUAUCAGCCUCUGCAUAAAAAAUCUGGAAUGUGAAUUGACUGAGCUUCAGUUGACUAAACACCAAAAUCCUCCGAUGGCCUCCGGGAAUUGUUUGAAGAAUAACGAAAAGAAGGAGCAGCAGCACGACAGUAACAGUGUGUUUGUGGAUGGCUGGGAUGAUGCUACCCUGGAGCAAAAAUGUUGCCACAAACUGGAUGCUCUAAGAGAGAGACUGAAAGUUUGGAACAAAAAAUUUGAUGAAAAUGAAACCAGUUAUGAGAAGGAAGUGAAACAAACCAUGGAAAACCACGAUUUCAGCAUUCAAUACUUGUUAAUUGAGCUGGAAACUGUAGGGAAUGUUCGUUUUGAAGAAGGCACACCCUCGGAUAUGUGGUACUCUUCCUGCCAUGAUGUAAUCUCAUCCCGUUUCUGUAUCUGGGAUUUCAAAACACUUGGAGUGACUGAGCUAAAAAUAAAUCGCAUUGUCCGAGUUCACAAUCGAAUUUUAAGGCUAAAAUACGAGGAAAAAAUUCAUGCUCUUCUGAACAAAGAUGGAACAUCAAACAUGUCACGAAAUUACAAAAAGCUACUGGAGUACUUGUUUUAUGUAUUUGAUCCACAACAUUCCAGUGGAAUGAAUGAAAUACUGCAUAUUCUUGAGGAUGGCUUCAAAAGUGGAGAAGCAUAUAAGCUUUUAGGUCGCGAUGAGGCAGUUCCCCUUUCUAACAGCAUAAGCCUGUGUGACUAUCCCAGAAUUGAAUAUCUGAAGCGACAAGCUGAAGUCCAGAGUAAAAAUUAUACUGAUCCAGUACCGUUCAAAUAUGGUCAGAUUGUUAUUGCCAAAGUCUUCCUUGGACACAGUGUUCAGACCCAGGACUCUGGAAUGAUUUUACAGAAAAACUAUCCUAAGACAAAUUCAGUCUAUAGGCCUCGGAAAAUGGAGAAACCAGAAUCCACCUCUACCUUAAAACUGCACAGUGGCUGUGACUGCAGUCUGCGCCAAUAUGAAUGGUUCAUAUUUGACCAUGAGCUUGUUGUGCCCGAAUAUGUCAUCAACUUUGAAUACAUAACACCGGACAACCCACAGCUAUUUGUUUCUACAUUUUCUGAAAAUAACACAUCUCAAAGGAACUCAGCUAAACUGGAAGCACUAAACUCGCGCCAUGCCAAGGCUGUGGAUGAAGAGAUUGUAAACAUGGAGCCCAUUAUGAAACCACGACCUAAAGUCAUAAGCCUGGAUGAGAAGACAAUGCUUUCUAUUGCUAAGGCUGCUGUGUUGAGUCAGAUCACAGUUCUGUCCUUACACGGAAAUAGUCUGAGUAAGUUGAAAGGCAUAUCCAAACUGAUAAAUUUGCAGAAACUUACUGUUAGCUUCAAUGAGCUGGUGCAUCUCGAUGAUCUUUCACAUCUGGUACACCUAGAGUAUGUGGAUGUCAGCCACAACCAUUUGGUGUCAUUGGAUGGAUUCAAAGGAAUGGAAAAGUUGAAAUAUUUGGAUUUGAGUUGGAACCAGCUAACUUCCCUCAAAGAAGAAAUAGGAAUCCUCCGUAAACAUUCAUCAGGUCUUGUUUCACUCAAUCUCAAGCACAAUCCAUGGCAAAAGCCUGGAUUUUCACGUGUGACAGUUCUUGAGCAGUUAAAGUCUCUGACUUGUUUGAAUGGAGAGGCUGUUACAGAUGAUGAACCUGCAGUAUUCACUCGUAUGACUGCUGGACCGAGGAUUACACAGGUUUUAUUACUAAUAAAUUCGAGAACUGACAAAGUACAGCCUCGUUAUCUCAAUUUAAUGUCCUGUGCCCAGAUGCUGACUAAAUUCAGCAAAUGCAAACCUAAUCCAUCCCUUGAACAAAACUCAAGCUGGUUAGCCAAGAUCUCAACAGUAAAUUUAGAUGGACAGAAUAUUUCACGGAUUACAAAUCUAGAGAGGCUGGUGAAUUUGCGUUGGGCUUCCUUUAACAGCAACAUAAUCCGUAAAAUUGAAGGCUUGGAUCGCUGCCUCCAUCUUGAGGAACUUUCUUUGGAAAAUAAUUGCAUUACUAAACUUGAAGGAAUUUCGAAACUGGGAAUGCUAACUCGCCUGAACCUUGGGAAUAAUCAGUUGAGUAAUUUAGAAGAUAGUGGUCUGGAUAGACUACCCUACCUCCAUCACCUAUCGAUGGAAAACAACCAGAUUUGUUCAUUACGCUGUUUUCGCAAAGUCAACUCCAUAAUAGAGCUUUAUUUGGCCAACAACCAGAUAAAUAACAACUGUGAGAUCUACUACUUGAAGGGAAUGGAAAACCUUGUCAUAUUGGACUUGUAUCGAAACCCAUUGGUCAAUACACAGGAGAAUUACCGUCUCUUUAUCAUCUACCAUCUACCUGCUCUGAAGGCUCUUGAUGGACAAGCAGUGGAAUCAACAGAAUGCGAAAAUGCAAAAGAUGUGUUUGGAGGUAGACUCACGUCUGACAUGAUUGCAGAGAAACUGGGAUAUUCAAAUGUCUCAGAGCUCUUGAAGCUGGAGUUACCAGAUUAUGCAAUCAGAACUGUAGAUCUUGGACCUCCAAAGAAAUUUGAACAUUUACAGAGAAUCAAUUUGGAGCGAAAUAACCUCACAUCCUUCAGUGGCCUUAUCUUUCUCCCUACUGUCAAAGUUCUUCAUUUAAACUACAACCACAUUGAGUCCAUCUUCCCAAGACAAAAGUCUCAACUUCACUUGACUAAUAGACAACUUCUCCAGCAGAAAGUGACUUCCAGUGGUUAUGGACAGCAAACCAAGGGCAUCAGAGAUGUUGGGGUUUAUGGGCUACUUCCUCCAGUAAUGGAAAGUUUAGAAGUGCUUCAUUUAGCCUACAAUGGCAUUUCUAACCUGGCUCAACUGGAGCUGAGCAGACUCACAAAUCUGAGAACAUUGUUUUUGCAAGGCAACAAUAUCACUCAGAUCGAAGGCCUUGAUGGCUUACGGUACCUUGUUGAACUAAUGUUAAGUCAAAAUCGAAUCAAAAUGAUCAACGCAAACUCUUUCUGGAGCCAAGGUGCUCUUGUUGAGCUCCAUCUAGAGGAAAAUAGGAUUCGCGAACUUAAUUACUUGAAUCCAUUGGUGAAACUACAGCGACUCUUUCUUGGUGCAAAUAAAGUUCAGGACAUAUUUUCACUGGAAAAACUUGAUGGACUCUCAAAUUUGACAGAGCUUUCUAUGAUUGACAAUCCUGUAACUCGUAAAAUAUUAUAUCGCCCAUUCCUACUGUUUCGAUUGCCCAGGUUACAACUGUUGGAUGGUUUAGCAGUCACUUAUGAGGAGAGAGAAAGAUCUGAACUUCAACUUUGUGAACAGAAUAUCUUAACCACAAGUUCCCCUAUGGAAAUGACAUUGCCCGGGCUUGUAGCACAGCUGGCAAGACCCAGCCCUUUGCGCGUGACCAAUGUUACGCUACAAGGAGGAGUGCAGCAUUUAAUAGGACAGGAGUUCAAUGUUCAACAUACCUUUGGGGACUCAAUUUCACAGGAAACAGCUAAAAAUAAGAAGUACAAGCACCUGGCUGCUAACCUGGUCUCUAAUAUUCGGGCUGCACAUUCAGAAAAUACCCUCAGACAGAUUAAAAGUGGAACAAACUAUCAACCUUCCUCUUUCACACAGCAGCAAGGUGGAGUUUCUCGUAAUAUGCACACUUUCAAUCACACCCAAGAACAAGAUGGAAGAUGCUGGCAGCCUGAUCGGUCAGUGCCAACAGGCUAUUCGACUGGGACAGGAAGCGUCAGUGCUGAGCCUGAUCAUGACCUAUGAAUACAGAGACGAGAGCAGUGAUGGCCAA